UCCGUGUCGCUGUCACAAUUUCAUGGCGGACUUGUCACUUGGCUAUUUCUAACAAAACAACCAUUUAUAGUUUUAACCACAAAAACGUGAUAUUUUAUAAAUUUUAUAACUAAACAACGAUGUCUACAGUCUCCGACUGUUUCUCGAUCGGCAGCAUAGUCGCUACUAGAACGUGUUACAAUGAGAACAUCGAGGGAGAAGUGCUGGCAUUCGAUCCUCAGACCAAGAUGUUAAUACUCAAAUGUCCGUCUUCUAGUGGCAAUCCGAAGCGCCAUGAUGUUAAUAUCGUCAAUUUAUCGCUGGUCAGUGAUGUUCAGAUCAAGAAGGAGGUCACAACAGUGCCCGAACCUCCACCGUCUCUGAAUCUACAUAGGUUGAACACAAGAGUUCGGAAUUCUAUAGAAAAUAAACGUAGAUUGGUAUCAGCUCUAUCGGCAUGCCUGGACCCCGAGGGUCAGAGACUGUUCCUGGCCAUUGCUCGCGUCAUAGACGACGUGUCGUGGUCGGGCCAGAGUAUCAGAGUAUACAACGAAGUCACUAUUACACCUCCUUACAAGGUAGAGAACGUGCUAGGCGAGCAAGACUCCAAACCAUACAACUAUAUUAGGAAAUUCGUGGAGCGACACUGGCGGGACCAUAGAGACAGUGCCGCCAACUCCUCGCGACACCAAUAGUACACCAACGGAGACCUCCACCGCGCACCACAGGGGGGGGGAUUACAAGGAGAGGGGGGGGGGAACACGCGAUACUGACAAUUGAGUUACGUUACUGAAGACACUUAGUACUUCGAAACUGCUGAGCCUAUUUUAAAAAUUCUAUUACAAAUGGAAAGCUACAUUAUCAGCGAGUAACAUGGUUAUAUUCGUGGAACGACACUGCAGUACAGCGGCGGGCAAUACGCGAUACUGACACUUUGAUUCUUUACAAGUUAGCCCUUGACUACAAUCUCACCUGAUGGUAAGUGAUGAUGCAACCUAAGAUGGAAGCGGACUAACUUGUUAGGAGGAGGUUGAAAAUCCACACCCCUUUCGGUUUCUACACGACAUCGUACCGGAACGCUAAAUCGCUUGGCGGUACGUCUUUGUCGGUAGGGACAUCGUACCGGAACGCUAAAUCGCUUGGCGGUACGUCUUUGUCGGUAGGGUGGUAAUUAGCCACGGCCGAAGCCUCCCACCAGCCAUAAUAAAACAAUGCCCUUUUUUUAUGGAAUCGAAACACUGACGGUCAUAAAUAAACAUGGAUUAAAGAACUUAAAUUUUCUUCAAAGUAAAGUGAACCUUAUGUAGUAAUGUUUAGGUCCACUUUUUAUUUUGAAGAAAAUUGAGGUUUUAAAUCUUAAUCCAUGUUUAUAAAUAUAACCAACUAGCUGACGCCGCGGGGUUUCACCCUCGUGGUUCCCGUUCCCGUAGGAAUACGGGAAUAUUAUAUAGCCUAUAGCCUUCCCCGAUCAAUGGGCUAUCUAACACUGAAAGAAUUUUUAAAAUCGGACCAGUAGUUUCUGAGAUUAACGCGUUCAAUUAAACAUAGUAUGUUUUGACAUCAAAAAUUGUAUUCAGUGUCGAUAAUCCGGGGAUUUUAUAAACGUUAAAAACGUUUCCAUUAGGGUUGCCACAUUAUUUUGUUAAAUAUAAAGUAGAUACGUUUGGUUAUUAAAUGUAUGAUUUUAUUUUUCUUUAUUUUACUUGAUACAUAUUCUUAUAUAAUAUUUAUAUUUUAGUGUAGUCAGUUAUGAAUUUAAAUUAUUAAAAAAUGUA